AUGCAGGAGGACGAGUCCGUCGUCGGCAUCAGCGCGGCGAUGCUCGAGGGCACAGGCCUGGUCGGAGUCCAGCGCGAGUUCCCUGAGAGGGUCUUCGACGUGGGCAUCGCGGAGCAGCACGCGAACCUGCCGGUGACGCUAAUCGCCGACCGGGCGGGCAUCGUCGGCGAGGACGGCAAGACACACCACGGCGCGUUCGACAUCACGUACCUGCGGUGUCUGCCCAACGCGGUCGUGGCAGCGCCGUCGAACGAGAACGAGCUCCAGCACCUGGUAUAUACGUCCUACAAGCACCGGGGCCCUUUCGCCAUACGUAUCGCGCGGGGAGCCGCCGUCGGGGUACCCCUCGACAGCGACCUCAAGGAGCUGCCUCUCGGCAAAGGCUACGUGGUCCGGGAGGGCCGCGACGUCGCGAUCUUCGGUCUGGGCAAGGCUAACAACGCAGCCGAGGCGGCGGCGGAAAUGCUUGCCGAGUACGGCAUCGACUGCGGGGUGGUGAACCCGGUCUUCGUGAAGCCGCUCGACAUCGAGCUGCUCCUGGACACCGUUCGCAGCGUCCCCCGGAUUGUCACGGUGGAAGAGAACGUGGUGGCCGGAGGGUUCGGCUCGGCGGUGCUGGAAGCGCUCGCCGAUGCCGGCGUGAACGACGUAGCGGUCCACCGCAUCGGUAUGCCGGACUUCUUCAUCGAGCACGGCACUGCUGCCGACCAGCGACAACGGCUGCAACUGGACGCCCAGGGCAUUGUCGAAAGAGUGCUGAGCGCAUUCUUCCCGAACGCUACGAAGAGAAGCGUUAGUGAGAACUACGGUGACACCAAUGCUGCCGGCUACGAUCACCACCAGCGCGCCGACCCGUAG